ACAUAUUAUGGUUCAGGCUGCUGGUUUUUCAGGUUUUUUCCUGCAUGUCUCUCUGUCCGUGCUGGUGUUAGUCUCUAAGUUUUGUCUGUUUUGCCAACUCUUACAAACACACGCACAAAGCCACAUGCGCACACAACCACACACAAAUGCACAUAUGCACAGAAACAGAUUUCUUCCCACACUCUGCAAGGCGGCCCCGCUGUCCAACUGCCUGAAUGAACUCGAGCCUGUUCAGCUGUGCUUUACUUGUUGGACUGGGUGACAGUUUACAGGAUGUGGCCAUGUGUCACACAGGAAGUAGGCUCUACUAGAUACGAAGGAAAGCAUCACGUGACAGAGUUACUGGCUCUGUGGUGAACUCACCAAACCAAUGCUCCUGUCACUAAGUGCCAUUUUGGUUCUAAUUGGAGAUAUGUAAACAGAGUAAAAAGAACCAUGUAUUGAUAAUCAGUCCAGGUCACAUUUGAAAUGCAUCACUGACAGGUCAUUUACACUGUGCGGCAGGGCUGGACUCAACCCUAAACCUACAAGGCAAGAUGGUUCCCAGACCACCAUGCUUAGCUGUGUGUUUUCCCCUCUCUGACCCACCUGGCUUGGGCUUGGUCAUCACCCAUUGGCACGAAUCGAGUGUGUUAGUGUUGGCAGUGGCCGAAAAUGUGUAGGGAUUGAGAGCCACUGGAAUAAGGGAGGCGUUUUAGAAGAAGGCGUCCACGUGAGUGAAGCCUACCAGUUGAAGCCACGUCUAAACGGUAAACACAGCACCCUACCGGCCUACAGCACGGACGAUCCCUGAUGCAGACUGAGCCAAAACGCAGAACACUAGAGAAUUUGUAUAUUGAGACAACCAUUUUGCAGGGAGAGAGGAAAUACACAAGGACAUUAGCAGCUCUGGUGAAAUCUAAACCGUAAUCAGAUUGAAAUCCAACAGAUUAGCCCCAAAAGGCAGUUUUCCCUGUGUAACCCGUGACCUACGCCACGUUGUAAGGGAUGAUAUGGUCUUAAGGUUGGGUUCUUUGGGACCUGCUGACAGCAACACCUCAUUUCUUGGCCUGUUUUGGGAUGAACGGACGUUGGCUGCCGCAUAAAUGAUUUGCAAUGGAAAUGACUGGAAGCUCAACGGUCACCUCAGCGGCCUGGAGGCCCUGGCAAUCUCCAGCUAACGCAAAGUGACGCAUGCCAUGAACGUGAAGAUCGCAUCCGCGAGCGCUGGAAGCGUUGAGAUGGUUACGGAGGAACGUUCAUUUGACUUUCGGCAAACACGAGCCUCCCUGUUAAAUCGUUUUUCAGCGUUUCAGGACAAACUCUCCCAUAAACUUUACUUUGCUCGGAAAUGCUUAACGUGCCAAGAAUUUUGGAUGGAGUUCUAGCACAUAAAGUUAACACAACCAGACUUCCUUUCUUAGCCUAAACGUAUACGAAGCCAAAUAGUUCGAGCUAUAAAAGUGAGAUUUAUUUAUUUUAUUUUAUUUUUUUUGGAAAACGUCGAAUUUGGUGAUUUAGAGAAGAUUAUAGCUGAAGAGAGCUGCUGUUUCGAGCAACGAUGAAGUCAGGGGAGCGAGAGACUGUGUGUGUGAGAGAGAGAGAGAGAGAGAGAGCGAGAGAGAGAGAGAGAGAGAGAGAGAGAGAGAGAGAGAGAGGGAGAGGCUCCGCGCAGAACUGAUUCUGGUGGACGGGGGCGGAGGGAACUCCGCCACAAGCGUUUAUCAGACUGCGAGGAGUGCAGCGAGAAGCAUCGCCGCGCCGCUGUCGUUCGCAGACGGAGUACCGCCCUCGCCGCGCUUCGCCCGAGCUACCGCACGCCGUGCCGCCAGUCCGUCGACCAUGGUGUCCAUCAUCUCCGAUCUGGACCCGCUGAAGAGCUGGAGCGUUUUAAGACAGGAUGCCAGCGAUCUGUCUGGAACCAUACAGAGCAACGGCACAGCUGGGAAGAUGAACGGAGCGCUGGAACACUCGGACCAGCCCGAUCCGGAUGCCAUUAAGAUGUUUGUGGGCCAGAUCCCGCGGUCCUGGUCCGAGAAGGAGCUGAAGGAGCUAUUUGAGCCUUACGGAGCUGUUUACCAGAUCAAUAUACUGAGAGACCGCAGCCAAAACCCACCGCAGAGUAAAGGGUGCUGUUUUGUCACGUUCUACACACGGAAAGCGGCCCUGGAGGCCCAGAAUGCACUGCACAACAUAAAGACCUUAACUGGGAUGCACCACCCCAUUCAGAUGAAGCCUGCAGACAGUGAGAAAUCAAAUGCGGUGGAGGACAGGAAGCUCUUCAUCGGCAUGGUGUCUAAGAAGUGUAACGAGAAUGAUAUCCGGGUCAUGUUCUCUGCUUUCGGCCAGAUCGAGGAGUGCCGCAUCCUGAGAGGACCAGAUGGACUCAGCCGAGGGUGUGCGUUUGUCACGUUUUCUACCAGGGCUAUGGCACAGAAUGCAAUCAAAGCCAUGCAUCAGUCUCAGACCAUGGAGGGCUGCUCUUCCCCCAUGGUGGUGAAGUUUGCUGACACACAGAAGGAUAAGGAGCAGCGGCGUCUGCAGCAGCAGCUAGCCCAGCAGAUGCAGCAGCUCAACAGCGCCUCCGCCUGGGGCAGCCUCACCGGCCUCACCGGCCUCACCCCGCAGUAUCUGGCAGUAAGAGGCCACACCCACGCAGCCACGCCCACCAGCAGCGCAGCCAACGCCGCCGCCGCACUGCUACAGCAGGCCACCUCUUCCAGUAACCUGGGAGCGUUCAGUGGUAUCCAGCAGAUGGCAGGUAUGAAUGCUCUGCAGUUACAGAAUCUGGCCACUCUGGCCGCUGCUGCCGCGGCCGCUCAGAGUUCGGCCAGCCCCUCCACCGCUGGUGCCCUCACCUCCAGCACCGGGUCACUGGGAGCCCUGGCCAGCCCAGCAGCAGGGUCCACGGCUAACUCCAGCGCGGGGGCCAUGAGCUCUCUGGGGUCCCUGGGCACACUGCAGGGACUGGCAGGGGCCACCGUGGGCCUCAACAACAUCAACGCACUAGCAGGUAGCGUCAACAUUGCUCACAUGCUCUCAGGUAUGGCUGCCCUGAACGGAGGGUUGGGCAGCAGUGCGCUGAGUAACGGCUCGGCCGGGCCCAUGGACGCGCUCACACAGGCUUACUCAGGGAUCCAGCAGUACGCUGCCGCCGCGCUGCCCACCCUGUACAGCCAGUCCCUGCUGCAGCAACAGAGUGCAGCGGGCAGCCAGAAAGAGGGACCAGAAGGGGCCAACCUUUUCAUCUACCACCUGCCACAGGAGUUUGGAGACCAGGACAUUCUGCAGAUGUUCAUGCCUUUUGGAAAUGUAGUGUCAGCCAAAGUGUUCAUCGACAAACAGACCAAUCUGAGCAAGUGCUUCGGUUUCGUCAGUUAUGACAAUCCCGUUUCCGCACAGGCAGCGAUCCAGGCCAUGAACGGCUUUCAGAUUGGCAUGAAGCGCCUAAAGGUGCAGCUGAAACGCUCCAAGAACGACAGCAAGCCCUACUGAUCUUAGUGCUAGGGUCACUCCUCUCUCUUUACACUGCUAGGAACUCAUCUCCAUGACUCUUUGCUCAUCGUUUGCCUAGCAUGUCUACGUGGCGUUCAAAAAAAAAAAAAAAAAAAAAAGUCUCAUCGUGUCGUCAUUGUUUCCGAUGUCUUUCUGAGUUCUCCUGAUCAUAAGCUGGUCUCCUCCUACUGAGCUCUCAAACUUUGAUCUUAGCUCCACCUCUUUUGUUUCGGACGUGUUUUUGCAUGUGACCUCAUUUGAAGCUUAUUUGAACCUGUUUCUGUUGUUUUUAAUUUUUCUCUUUGUUUGUUUGGAAUAACGGGGGGUGGGGGGGUAAAAAUGUGAAAAAGCUGCAUUUACAGAUAGGGAGAGUAUAUUUAACACCACAACCUGGAGCGUCACUUUUAACCAGAAGCAUCAUUUUACUCAUUUAAAUAAAUAAAUACAUAAAUAAAUAAAUCCUGUGGCAAAUGAAUUAAAAGAAUUUGCGUUGGACUUAUGUUUGUUAGUUUGGCGUUUUUCUCUCUUUGUGUUUAGAGUUUCCUUUUUUCCUUUGGUUCUUUUUUUCAUUCAUUUAAAGUAAACUUGAAAGUACAAUACAGGGAUUGGCUUUGGGACUUCCUGUUGGUGCACCUCUCUGUCAGAGGCCAGCAGUAAGAGCCCCAUGCUGGUUUCUAUGAGAAAUAGACUACUUCCACGCAGUUUUAAUACAAAAAACUGUCUGAUUGAUAUUAGAGUCUCUCAGAGCUUGCUUGUGGUUUUUACAUUUUUCAGGCAGUGUAAAGUUUUUUGAUAAGGCCAUUUUAAGUGGCUUGGUUUCUCAUUAAAGUCUAUAUAAAACCACUUUUUUCUAGAGUAGUAAAG